AAUGGCUUCACUUCAGCUUGGUCUUUUGACUCCUUGCUCUGCUCAACACACUCGACUUUUCCUCUCUGCUUUCUCAUGUGAGCUCAAAGGCCACACAGCACAUCUCCUUCGCCGCCUCUCUUUCCCGUGCAGAUCUUGGGGCCUUCCAUCUGCAAGCAGAAAUUCAGUCCAUGGCGACAUCAAUCAUUGGAUCUGUUGCCUCCGCUUUCUUACUCCUAUUACUCUUCUCUUGCUUCAUGUUCACCUCCACAGAAGCCUAUGAUGCCCUCGAUCCAAGUGGAAACAUAACAAUCAAAUGGGAUGUCAUAAGCUGGACUCCAGAUGGCUAUGUUGCUGUGGUUACAAUGUACAACUUUCAACAGUAUCGGCACAUUCAGGCCCCCGGGUGGACAUUGGGAUGGACAUGGGCUAAAAAGGAAGUGAUUUGGAAUAUGAUGGGAAGCCAAACCACCGAGCAAGGUGACUGCUCAAAGUUCAAGGCGAAUCCCCCGCAUUGCUGCAAGAGGGAUCCAACUGUAGUGGAUCUACUUCCUGGAACUCCGUACAAUCAGCAGAUUGCAAAUUGCUGCAAAGGGGGAGUAUUGAGCUCAUGGGCUCAGGACCCAGCCACAGCAAUAAGUUCAUUUCAGGUCAGUGUUGGCCUUGCUGGAACAACCAACAAAACUGUCAAGUUGCCUAGAAAUUUCACCCUCAGAGCGCCGGGUCCUGGAUACACUUGUGGUCCUGCAAAGAUUGUGAAACCAACCAAGUUUGUCACCAAUGACAAAAGGAGAACUACUCAAGCAUUGAUGACCUGGAAUGUUACCUGCACAUAUUCUCAGUUCCUUGCUCAAAAGACCCCCAGUUGCUGUGUUUCCCUUUCAUCCUUCUAUAAUGAUACGAUAGUGAACUGCCCAACCUGCACAUGUGGCUGUCAAAACAAAACGGAUCCCGGAAGCUGUGUGGAUCCAAAUUCCCCACAUUUGGCCUCAGUUGCAGCGCCUUCAAGCAAAGCUAGCAAUUCACCUCUUGUCCAGUGCACCAGCCAUAUGUGUCCAAUUCGUGUGCAUUGGCAUGUGAAAGUCAAUUAUAAAGAGUACUGGAGAGUGAAGAUCACAGUCACGAAUUUCAAUUACCGGAUGAACUAUACACAAUGGAACCUUGUUGUGCAGCACCCCAAUUUUGACAAUCUGACGCAGCUUUUCAGCUUUAAUUACAAGCCAUUAAUGCCUUAUGAGGGUUUGAAUGAUACUGGCAUGCUGUGGGGAUUAGAGUUCUAUAACGAUUUGCUGUCAUCAGCUGGGGAAUUUGGGAAUGUACAGUCGGAGCUCUUGUUUAGGAAGGAUGCGUCAACCUUCACAUUUGACAAGGGUUGGGCUUUUCCCAGGAGAAUUUAUUUCAAUGGAGAUAACUGCGUUAUGCCUCCUCCUGAUGCCUACCCAUGGCUGCCAAACGCAACUACGAAACUAAUUUUCUCCCUUCUAAGUACAGCUAUAUCUGCCCUUGUUUGUUUGGCAAUUUUGUUGGCUAAUUUAUAGACAAUCAUUUCUCCGAAUAGAUGAAGAUUAAAGUGGUCACAUUACAUAUAAUUUAUACUCAUUCGCAAAUGGAGCAGAUGAAAGUCACGACGGUGCAAAAAUGCCUUGCACGAAGAUUGUCGGUUUUAGGGCCACAUCUUCCCGCUUAUUUUUAAGCUGUUGCCUUGUCAUUUUUUUUUUAAAAUAUUUUAUUUGGAGCUGGUGUAAAUUUUUGUUGUGCCAUCUUAGACAGUUUGAUUAGUAUUUCCUUUA